UGAAAAUUCUCGAGAAAUUACCUCAUGGAGGAUUUUACAAAUUUAGGUACGACCAACUGAACUUUGUCAGGAAAACAAGCAAUAUGGAUAACGCUGAAGGCAUCAGACAAGCUAUAGAGUUAUUAAGAAAUUGGAUGCAAAAACAGGAAUAUUUCAACAAGAAGGAUCAAUCUGAUACCUACUUUGAAAAACUUCUAGUUGUUUCCAAAGGAUCCUUGGAACGCUCUAAAAUCCGUUUAGAGAAAAUUUGUACUCUACGAACUAUUUGGCCCAUGUACUUUACUCUUAAGGACUUCAAUUACUUUACGGAGGAUUUUAAAACUUAUAACAGCGUACAUCUACGUGAUGUGACCGAAGAUGGUUCCAGAGUGAGUUUAUCCAAAGUAAAGGAUACCAAAACUCUGACUUCCGAUCUACUGAUACGAUUCGUCACGUAUGCAGUUAUUACCUGUGAAUACGCUAUGGCACAUGAUUAUCCGAAUGGAUUAGUAGCCAUUUUGGAUUUUCGAGAUGUUAACUUGAUAGAUCUACUGGCUUUUUCUACACGCCAUUUUACUCUUCUCCAACAGUGUUUAACAAUAUUAAAGGACGGGUACGGCAUGCGUCUUAAAGGUCUGCAUGUGCUUACAAUGUCGAAGGCAACAGAUGCUCUAGUAACAUUUGCAAAGCAAUUGCUACCCAAAAAACUUGCUGGCAGGUUACACGUGCACAGAGACAUGGACACCCUAUAUAACUUCGUUCCUAAGGAAAUCUUGCCUUCUGACUUAGGCGGUGAUGCGCUGAGUUUGAGUGAAUUGCACGAAACUUUCAUUAAUGAACUAUUCUCAAAAGAGCACAAAGAAUGGAUGGAAGAAGGAAAUCGCGCAACGAUGAACCUAUCCAAACAGCCGAAAGAUUACUUCAGUGAUGACUACAUCAGCAUUUCCGGCUCUUUUAGAUCUUUAACUGUAGAUUAAUUAUCUUGUACAAUAUUUAAUCAAUGAUUAGGCAAUAUACACGGUGUUUCCUGUAACAGGAGCAAUAAAUUAAACCGGAGGCUUUUUAAAAUUAUGAAUUUUGUAGAUUACACCUUUUUCAUACUAAUUAAAUAUUAUUUUCAAUGUACGCUGCCAUCUGUGUGUUUGACGU